GGCAGGCAGGCGGCCCUCCCGGCUCCGCGAGCGAUGCGCGCCCGCCUGGGGGCGCCCUCGGGGUGAGGCUGCCCGGCGGGGGAGGCAGGCCGGCCGGCCAUGGGCAGAUGCAGCGGGCGCGGCACGCUGGUGGGAUUCUGCGCCUUGCAGCUGAUCACAGCCCUGGAAAGGCAGAUUUUUGACUUCCUGGGUUAUCAGUGGGUUCCGAUCCUCGCCAAUUUUUUACACAUUAUGGCUGUUAUCCUGGGCAUCUUUGGCACCAUUCAGUACAGAUCCAAACACCUCAUAUUGUAUGCAGUAUGGCUCAUUCUAUGGGUUGGAUGGAAUGCAUUCAUCAUCUGCUUUUACCUGGAAGUGGGACACCUUUCACAGGACCAAGACUUCCUCAUGACUUUUAACACUUCACUGCAUCGUUCGUGGUGGAUGGAGAAUGGUCCUGGUUGCCUGGUGACCCCAGUGAUCAAUUCCAAGCUGGCCUUUGAGGAUCAUCACGUCAUCACUGUCAGUGGAUGUUUGCUUGAUUAUCAAUACAUAGAGGUGGUGAGCAGUGCCAUGCAGAUAUUCCUUGCGCUCUUCGGAUUUGUUUGUGCCUGCUACGUCAGCAAGGUGUUCAUGGAAGAAGAAGACAGCUUUGAUUUCAUUGGAGGAUUUGAUUCCUAUGGUUACCAGGCACCUCAAAAGAUGUCUCACCUGCAGCUCCAGCCUUUAUAUACCUCUGGAUAACUGUUUCCUUACCUACAGUGAACUGUCUCUUGGGUAAAUUUGCAAAACGGCGAGCCAGCGCAGGACACCACAUGUAAUAAACCAUGAAAAAUAAAAAAAGCCAGGGAAGAUAUUUGCAGCGGCCGACAGAAAACAGACAGCUCCUUGCCUUCUCCUGCUUUUUUUAACUUUUGCAUUUGGAGAGACAUAAGAGUUUUCACACAGAGCAGAGAUUAAAUUAUUGCUAUUCCAAGACCAAUGAACCAAAUGAAGGUAAACACUCCACCUGCUGGUCAGUGUUUGUAGUGCUGCUGGUAUAAGCCCUCAUCAUGAACCUCGAACUAGGGCAAAUAAUACUGUUUCAGAGAGAUAAGGAGAAGCUCUUUCCGAAGAAGACCCGGAUCAUCUAUUUUCUUCCCUGCUUGUUCCAGAUCAGUGCCUGCAGUCUUAUGUGUUUCUGAGCAAAUGGCAUUGCAACACAAUAAUACAUUGCAAUCCCCCUACAACAACAAAAUCAAGGAAAUACUUGGUUGGGCGACAUAUUCAUAUCUUUAUGGCUUGCUGAUCAGAGAAAAGGAGAGGGUAUCACAAUCACAGAAAGAGCAAAGAUAUAUCAACCCUACUAACUCAUGGGUAAGGUUCUGUCAACAUGCAGACCCCAGCAGCAAAAAAGUACCAUGACCUUAUCUUAAAUCUCAGUUGAAAAUGAAUAAGACGAGUAUCGGGAAGCAAUGUGUGUCUUAAACAUGAAGAAUGGAUUUAACAAGUAUGUAUUUGGAAAAGUAUGUGGAUUUCACUGCAUUUUUUUUUCAUCUCAAAAAGAUCCUCGGCGCAGGCUGAUAAUAUGUUAUGAUGCUUCCCAUAACAUGCUGGAAACUAUUUUGUUGACUGUGAUAAAUUCCUCGUCCAAGGGGUUUGUGUAUUUAUUUGCUAACGGCUGCUUUGUCUUUGGAUUUCCUUUUGAAAAUGGGUAUCCCCUUCCCCUUGCUUCAAAAUGUCACCCUUUCCAACAUCCCAUUGCAGACUGGUGCAGAGUGAAUUGGGCUGGAGCAUUUCCGCUUUUGGGAUGCACCACUUCUACAAAUUCUCAAUUGCUUACCAAGAAAUAGUUGUUGAAACCCAUUCUGUCCCUUUCAAUGCUGUUUUGAUUUUUUCUGGAAGGUGUAAGAGAAAGGCCCUAAAUUGAUAGCCAGGAUUUAUACUCUGUUUUUCAAGAAGUUCUGACUUAAAUUGUUUGUUUACUGAGAUGCAGUUGGGUAGUCUAGUCACGUUAGCAGGAACCAUAAUCAAGUCACCACCUUUUUGCCUCAUUUGACUAAUGUCCAUGAAAGGCAUCAAGGACUAUCAUGGUAGGUGGGCUAAGAAGACAUCCAGGAUGUUGCUCCCACACAACACUUAGUCUUCCAUAAACCCUUUGUCAUCCAGCCAUUUUUCAGUACUUGCACAAUGACCUCUUUGGGGAAAGUCUCAUUCUUGGGCACGCUUUCCUGUUUAAACUCAAAUACAGUGGCAACUUCCGACCAUCAGCGGUGAUAACAUAGCAUCACAGUGAUGCGCUGCUUUUUGUAGCCAGUGGUUAUGAUGUUGAUCUUUUUAGCACCUUUUGCAUUGACAGCGUAAUUGUGAAAUGCAGCCUGAUCUUAGACACUAGAAUCUCCCUAAUUAGUGCCUGCCACAUGGACUGGACUAUAGUUCCCAUAAUCCCCAGCCAGAAUGGCCAUAGCAAUGAGAAUGGUUAUUGGGAGUUGCAGUCCAGUACAUCUACAGGACACUAGAUUGGGAGAGGCCACUCCAAAUGUUUGCUUGUCCCAGUAAUUUCAAUGGGAUAUACAUUCCAGAUCAGCAGGUGCCAAAAUGCAGCCUGACCCAUUUGUUUGGAACUUUAGCUAUUUUUAAGAUUUAAAAGCAGAUUGAAAAAUGAAUGAAAAUUGUAUUGAAAUAAGUUAUGAUGUGCUCCAUCUCCUUUAUUUAAACAUGUAUAAAGUGUGUGUCUACUGAAGGAUGGCCUCUGAAUUGCCACUAUUACCGGUUCGAUAGAAGCAUUCAUUUUCCUCUUGCACUCUGACCUCUUUCCUUGUCUUUGAAAAUGUCACAAAUUCAGGCACUGGUGCUUGGAAAUGUCUUUUUUUAAAACUUGGGUUGGUUUAAAAUAAAAUUGCAUUUGUAAUGUCAAUUUUCCCCUCUUUGUAUAACUCUAAAAGAUCUGUUUAAUAAUAGCUGUUUUAAAUUUGUGACUUUUUCUGAUUUUGUGCACUGAAAAUUAUUAAAAUGAAUGGUGUUUUUGUACUUCC